GUGAUCAGAUAACGAGACAAUAGUACUACUGAAUGCUUCUAUAUUAAAGUGGUGAGGAAAAUAAAUUGCGAUGCACUAUCUUCUGUAUCUUUUCAGGGGUACUUUCCUCUCCGCACAAUCCACUUUCUACUUCAUGGCUUAACAGAGUGGGAUAUACACAUUUUAUGUUCGGUAUCUGCUCCGUGUCGGUGCGCCCGAAAUCUCAGGAUUGUCACCUGCUGCUGAUUCCUCUCCAAAAAAAAAUGUCCUCAAUGGUGAUCUUCUCAGCACGGAUGGGCCCAGAGGAUGUCUUUCUUAUGCUGCAUCCCAUUCUCUGCAGGUAUCGCUUUAGCCGCGGAGUUGAACGACCAUUCCUGAUAAAUUGGUCAGGUAGUUGCAACAAUAGGCGCAGCUUCUUUCUAUAUUGAGCUAUUGGGUGGCGUAUCUGCUGUGCCAUUGUUAUAACCCAAGUCUAGUUGUCAGAUCUUCUCACCCCAUCUUCCUUCGUAGAUGGGUGCUACAUCGGGACACGUGGACAGCUCAUGGCAUGGCAGCAAUCACAUCUCUAGGUCCAAUCUUCCCAUGUUGAUACACGAAUAAGUUUUAUGUUUGAUUUUGCUGAUGUGCUGAAUUUGUGUGAAAGAGUGUAGAAGGAACAGUACAAUUUCCUCAAUUUGUGCUAUCCCCAUACACUAUCACACCAGUCAUGCUUACACAUCACAUAGAUAGACAUUGAUCUCCGCAUAUUGUAAUCAUUGACUUUUUUGACUGAUCUGAUCUCAGAGAAGACUUGCAUCUACUUUCCAGCAAUUCGGUACUCACAGAUCCAAGAUAGCUACCUCGAAAAUGGAGACCCCAGCUGGAGGGGAUAUUGAUAGGGGACCAACUAUCAUGGCAAUUAUGUGGGCACAAGCUGCUAUUUCUUGCAUUGUGGUCGCUAUGAGGUUUUGGGCCAGAAUCACGAUCAAAGUGCUAGGGAGAGAUGAUUGGGUUAUGCUUUGUACUUUGAUCAAUUUCCUCGUUUUCUGUGGGUUUGUCACCGUCCAGGCUCUACAUGGCGGCGAUAGGCACCUGUAUUACAUUCCUCCAGAGGAGCAAGAAUUUGCGAUCAAAAUGACCUGGCUGCUGCAGCCUUUCGUUAUUCUAGCAAUUUGCCUGGGAAAAGUAUCGGUCGCUUUCUUGAUAAUGCGACUUCUUUCGCCGACUCCAAAAUGGCCUAAGCCUUUCCUUUGGUCUUGUAUCAUCUCUUGCCUCGUCUUCGUUUUCGUCGAUAUUGUUUUGACAUACGUUCAAUGCACACCUGCAAAGGCGCUUUGGGAUCCAACAGUCCCACACACCUGCUGGGAGCCAAAAGUCCAAUCGGAUUUUGCAAUAUUCUGUGCUACCUGGCUAGUUUUCAUCGAUGCGCUUCUCGCAAUCUCUCCCAUAUUGUUCUUUUGGAGGUUGAAAAUGAGCUUGAGGAAAAAGAUUGGAAUCUGUACACUCUUGGGAGGGGGCAUUAUAGCUGCGGUUUGCGGAUCAGUCAAGAUAUCUUAUUUGACAGAACUCAGUGCUCGAGAAGAUAUCACCUGGGCAACGUACGAUUUGUUCGUCUGGAGUGGCGCUGAGGCAUUCAUCCUGAUAGUCUGUGGAAGCAUACCACCAUUAAAGAUUCUUUGGGAUCGUUACAUCUCAAAGAAGACCGGCCAGACGAAGGCAUCGAAUUCGUCGUAUAUACAGUUUAGUAGCGGGAGGUCUAGAGCCACCGCCCAUCAAUAUGACAGAGUGACCUACGACAUGAAGCCCUUGGCUUCAACAUUACCUAGGAGGGAAGUAGACUUGGAAGGUCAGAGGGAAUUGACAACACAGGAACACAGCGACUCUAUAUCAAUAGGAGAUAGGGAAAGACCAUAUUCUAUAGGAAUGGGCAGGUGAUUGAAUUCUAUGUAUUUUAGUGAUGGGAGCGAACACAUACCCCUUGAAUGUAUGAUAUAAAGGUAUGAGAACCGCAGAAGUAACGAUAUACUAAUGUAUAUGAUUAAGUAAACGAUCUACAGAAUCUGCAGCUCCAAUCGGCCCACAUGUACAUCGUUUACUUUUGCCUCUAAUCCCGUUAUAGUUUUGUAUGCUCGAGUAUCAACUUACCACAAGCUAUUCAUUACGCAAUCUAGUUAAGUGUUGCAAACCCAUGCUCACCAAAGGCUCGGGAACCCGGGAUUUCUCCAAGUAAACGAGUACGGAGUACAUAAAAUACCAAGACCAACACGACCACCAACACGCCCCCAUCAUACUCUGACAGUGUAAGACUUCUUAUCACCAACCCCGCUCUAUCAUUGAGGAGAUCAGCUCCAGUAAGAUUUAAGAAGGGAGCGGAGUAUUCACCAGGGAGAUGGAAGAUAUUCUCCCCUGGAAGAAACCCGAGUGCGUUGCCCCAUAAUCUAACUGUGAUGA